CCAAAUCCAUCCACCCUUCAGUUCGGCAGCAAGGGCUUGCUGAAAGUGAACACUCCGUGUCCCCUCCGUCACCAUGGAUACCGCUCCGGAUGAGAUUGACGUGAAGCCGUUUAGCUCGCCAUCGCCGACAGAAUCACCAGCACGUGCGCACAGGGGUUCCGUCGUCAGCUCACCGCACGUACUGGCGGCAGUAGAGGAAGAAAAUUACGACACAUCUCAUCGAAACCGUGGGACGGCAUUGAUUUUCAACCACGUGAACUUUGAGUCCAAUGCUAAGCGCGAAGGAAGCAACAAGGAUCGCGACGAAAUUAAAAAGGAACUGGUGCAGCUCGGUUUUGAUGUGCGAGUAUUUAACGACUUGAAAAAGCAAGAACUGCUUGCCAAGCUGGACGAAGUUGCCAAAGAGGACCACACACAGAGCGAUUGUUUCGUACUGGUAGUGAUGACACACGGUCAGGACGGUUCGCUGUUUGCCGCCGAUAAGCAGUACCAGAUUGCCGACCUCUGGGAACCCUUUGUUGGCGAUGCGUGUAAAUCACUGAUCGGCAAACCGAAGCUGUUCUUCGUGCAAGCCUGCCGGGGCACCAAGUUUGACAAGGGCGUUAAAUUGACAAAGAUAGCCACGGACACCGUCGAUGCGCUUUCGUCGUCCAGCCAACGGAUGUGCGUCAUUCCUACGAUGGCCGACGUGCUGGUGAUGUACUCAGCCUUCGAUGGACACUACUCGUGGCGCAAUCCGACCAAUGGGUCCUGGUUCAUACAGUCGCUCAGCAUCGAGCUGAACCAGAACGCCCAUCGGAAGGAGUUGCUUCAGCUGCUCACCUCUGUGUCGCGCCGGGUGGCCUAUCUGUAUGAAUCGAACGUGCCGGGCAACGACCAAAUGGAUGGAAAGAAACAGAUGCCCUGUGUCGUGUCGAUGCUUACGAAGGCGCUCUACUUCCCACGCAAAUAAAGUGCCGGCUUGUUAAAACGUGACUCCGGAUGCUCAACCAACACACUGCACGCAUACUCGACCAUUGCUGAAGUCUCUCUUCCUUUGUGUGAGUGUAUUAUUUUAAUCGCUUUUUUGUGUCCAAUGUUCUACUCAGGAAUAAAGUGCUCCAUGAUGGCAAGCGUUUUCUGCUGCUACCACACUAAAAACUAAUAAUGUGCAUGUGUUUGUGUGUUUCCAAUGAGUGCGUAAUACCCAUUUCCUGGACCAUCGUCCGUAUCGUGCACUGCACGUGCAAAAGCAACACACCUGCGUACCCGAACAAGCGGCCCAAUCGUGAUCCUUCGUGAAGACAUGCGUAAGCGCAUCCAAACUUCACACCAUCCGUCCGUCCGUCCGGUGUUGGUCGUCAGUAUACAGGCAGCUUUCGGCACGUGCGGCCGUUCCGGUUCGGUGGAAGUAGUACACACGGUGGUAGUGUGUGGUGUCGUUUGCUGUACGUUUGGAGCUGUCAGUGUGAACUGUGUGUGAAGCUGUUCAAA